AUGUCGGAAAAUCUUCACGAAGCUAUUGGGGCCAUGAGUAUUCGUGAUGAUGACCCCAUUGAUCUACCUGACAACCCAUGUUUCUCGGUCUUCGAGGAGAACGCCACGAGUCUUCUGGGUCGUCUGCUCAACCCAUCCUGUCAGCCAAUGGAUGAGAUGAUAGAGGCGAUGCCUCGUGUUUGGAGGGUGUACAACAGAGUUAGAGGCAUAGCUCUUUCUAAUGAGCGCUUCCAGUUCGUGUUCCAAAGAGAGGAGGAUUUGUUAACGGUGUUAAACGACAGACCAUGGUCCUUUAACCACUGGACGAUGCUGUUGGAUCGUUGGGUUCCGGUUCCUCCGAAAGAUUUCCUGACCACAGUGGAUGUCUGGAUUCGGAUCAGUCGGAUACCAAUGAAUCACUAUAGGCUGGAAACGAUGGAUUUCUUAGCUAGUAAGGUGGGAAAGGUUCUUGAAAUUGCUUAUGACCCAAAGUGUUCACAAAAAGAGGCUUUCAUCAGGGCUCAAGUGAGAUUGGAUAUCACCAGGCCAGCUUUGGAGAAAAAGGUUCUAAAUCUUCCAUCAGGGGGGCAAGCCGUGAUUGAGUUUGAUUAUGAAAAGUUGAGGAAACGUUGCUUUCACUGUCUUCGGUUGACUCAUGAGAGACCCGACUGUCCUUACCUUCGGGAGAAAGUGAGACCAGUGGUUAAAGAGGUGGUCGUAUCUUCUAAUGGUGGAGCUUCAACUCUGAAAGCCCCUGUAUUGAUUGGCCCUCCACCAGGACCUGCGGUGCCGCCUGGUUUCUCUCCUAUGUUUCCACAAUUGACGGAGGAGGAACGUAAUGCAGCACUGCAGUAUGUUUCUCAUAGUGAUCCGACAGAGCGUCAGGCCCGGAUCAUGCGAGUGCAACAAUCUAUCACUGACAAAGGCGCAGUUGGAGCUAGGCAGAUGCCAUUGAUCUCGCAUAAUCUUGAGAAGGGUAAAGGCCAUGUUUUUGGAUAUGAGAGACAGGGUAAGAUUGGUGGAGACGAGCUUUGUUCAAGUAAGUCUAUGCCCUUCAGGUUGUCUACUGGUUUGGUUGUUAGUGGUGGAGCGGACGAUCUUGAGGUGUCUUCAUCCUCCUCUCCUGUUGGUCCUACGGUCUUCAGGAUUGGUUCAUCUACUAUUAACCAUCCUUCCGGGACCAAGAGUGAUGGGAAAAAGUUGAGAAGACGCCCGCAGAGGUGGAAGAGGCUGAGUCAGACAAAAGCAUGUGUUGCGGGUGAUGGUCUUGCUGAAACUGGUGUAGUCCUAAAGCAAUCAGCCUUGGUUAUUCAUGGUGAAGAUACAGUUGUUUCUGCUGGGUUUUCUAAAAGGAAAGCGGUCAUGGGUGUGGGUGAUCACUCUACAAAAUCUCCAAAAAUCAACCCCGAUACGGUGGCUUCCACUUUGAAGCCGCUGCUCCCCCAAUGA